GCGCUGCCAACCGCGGGGGCCCCGCUUGUGCUGCGGGAGGAGCUGUAAUGUUUUGCUGUCAGGAUGAGGAGCAGGAUCCCUGUCAUCCUCCUGGCCUGUGGCUCCUUUAACCCCACCACCAACAUGCACAUGCGUUUGUUUGAGCUGGCCAGAGACCACCUGCACCAGACAGUUCUACCAGAAUUAAAGCUGCUCUGUGGGGCUGAUUUUCUACAGACAUUUAAAACACCCAAUCUCUGGAAGGAAGAAGACAUCAAAGAAAUAGUGGGGAAGUUUGGUUUGGUCUGCAUCAGCCGGGCUGGCUCUGAUCCAUCACAGCUCAUCCAGGAAUCAGACCUUUUAUCUAAAUUUCAGCACAAUAUUUUUCUAGUGAGAGAGUGGAUCCAGAAUGAAGUCAGUGCGACGCAGAUCCGCUCUGCCCUGUGCAGAGGGCUGAGUGUGAAGUAUCUGAUCCCAGACUCUGUCAUUGCCUACAUUGCACAGCACAACGUCUACACAGCGGAGAGCGAGCGCAGGAACCAGGGGCAACUGCUGCAGCCCCUCAGGCUGCAAAACACAGCAAUAAACCCUCUGAGGGACUGAUUCCUGCACUGUGUGCCGUGUCAGACUAUGACCCUUGUCGUGUAGAUUUCUUGAGAAAGUUGUUUCUUAUUAAUAA